AUGGCCGCCAACAAGCAGGGCAAGAUGAUCAACUAUCGGAUGAGGAUUACCCUGACCGACGGCCGACAGAUGACGGGACAAAUGCUCGCCUUCGAUAAGCACAUGAACCUCGUACUCGCAGACACAGAAGAAUUCCGCCGCGUCAAGCGGAAGUCCAAGCCCGCUGCUGGGCCGUCGAACGCUCCCCUGGUCGAAGCGGAAGAGAAGCGGACUCUCGGCCUCACAAUCGUGCGCGGUACUCACGUCGUUUCCUGCUCCGUUGAUGGCCCACCUCCUGCCGAACCCUCCGCGCGACUUGGAACAGGUGCGCCCGGUGCAGCUGCAGCUGCCACUCUUGCUGCUGGCCCAGGAAUAAGCAAGCCCGCUGGACGAGGCCUUCCUGUCGGCCUGGGAGGCCCUGUUGCUGGCGUUGGAGGACCACCACCGCCCCCUGGCGGCUUCGGUGGUUUCCCACCCGGUGGAUUCCCUGGAGCACCUCCUCCGGGAUUUGCUGGCCGUGGAGGACCCCCCGGUGGACCUCCUGGCUUCGGUCCCCCACCUGGAUUUGCGCCUCAAGGUGGACCUCCUGGUGCUUUCCAGCCUCCACCAGGCUUCCAACCUCCCGGUCAGGGCCGGGGUUUCCCUCCUCCAGGCUUUGGUGGUAGAUGA